CCUAACCCGCUAAACCCCUCUCCCAUCUUGUUUCGGCGUUAUGCUACCGUGACCAUCGUAAGGUCCACAAAUAGAACGGUGUCAUAUUAUUAUACACUUACCAUUGGCGUCAAAGUGCCAAAAGAACCUUAGCAUAAUUUACAUAAAUUUCAACAAAGAACAAUAAAGAUAUGAGCAUUAGUUAUAUGUGUGCAAAGGGGCAAGGGAAGCUAGCAAGCAAAGGGGAGUUUUCUUAUGCACCGAGAUACCAAAAGUCUCCUCCAUAUCAACAUCCUCAACUCCGGCCGGCAGCCGCCAAUCAAACCGGUACAGAAGAUUCGCAAGCGCCAGCUCCACCAGCGGCACCGCAAAGUUUAUGCCGGGACAGCCCCUCCGUCCCACUCCGAACGGUAUCAGCUCGAAAUGCGUGCCUUUGAAGUCAACGCCGCCGUCCUCGAACCUCUCCGGCCGAAACUCGGAGGGGUUCUCCCACGUCCACGGGUCCCGCCCGAUGGACAUGGCAUUGAUGAAGACGCGCGUCUUCUCCGGGAUAUCGUACCCGCAGACCGUGCAAUUGCCGGUGGUUUCCCGGGGCACGAGCAACGGCGCCGGCGGGUGGAGUCUGAAGGACUCUUUGAGCACCAUUUUCAAGUAGUCCAGAUUGGGAAGAUCAAUCUCGCUGACUCUCUGUUUUCCCUUGAGGAGUUGCCUCACUUCUGACUGAGCUUUUCUCAUGGUGUUUGGGUUUUUCACGAGCUCUGUCAUCGUCCACACUAUUGUUGAAGCAGAAGUGUCGCUACCCGCUAUAAAUACGUUCUGCAAUCCGAAAAUAAUACUCCAACGACAUGCAACUUUCUAUAAUACUGCAUAAUAAAUCAAUACUAACGAGGCUGAUUCUUAUGAGCUCUCACAUUGAAAGUAACUGGGCCGAGUGUCAUAAAAUGACACUCUAGCUAGACUCCAGUGUAAAAAAUACCAAGCUGAUAAUAAUAGUAGUAAAGGAGACCUACCUAA